GGAGGAAAAGGAAAAACUAGUGUGCAAUUCGAGAAAAGGUGGUACAUCACACAUUAGUAUUAGGGUUGUAUUUUCUUAGACCGAAAGAACUAGCACAGAAUUUUAUGUACAUGUAAAUGCAUUAAUUGACCAAACUGAGGAGGAGUAUGGAGUAAGGAUUCAAAAGGUGGGCUUCCUCAUAUGGUUGACUUGAAUCUUAAAUGACUAUCUUACAAACCAAACCUGUGGAAUACACAUGGAGAAAAAAAUAAGAGCAUUGAAUCGUUCACGUUUCCAUUUUUCAAGUUUUCUUAAUCCGCAGAUUAUGGUGACACUUUGUAUGGUUAAUUAAAUAGUUCAAACUUUGUAUGAUAAUCUGCAAUGCACAACUUCAUCUAGCUCCCUCCUUAAUCAUGAAGUCAAUUCACAAACCUAUCAAAACCAAACCCCUGAUGAAAUUCAUUUUAGUCUCCUCUUCAUUUUGUGCCAUUUCUCUGUGUGUAUCAGUGUUACUCCUAGCCACACCAAAGGUAGUAGAGGUGGGUUCUUCACCACAAUAUGUGUCUGAUCCCACCACUGUUGAUCAUCUUGUGUUUGGAAUUGCAUCAAGUGGAAUUUCAUGGCCUAAGAGGAAGGAAUACAGCAAGAUCUGGUGGAAUUGGAAACUCAAUAAAACAAUGAGAGGAUGUGUUUUCGUAGAUACACUUCCACAUGAAGAAAAUGCCAACAACAACAAUGAUGGUUCUCGUCCUCCUCUCUGUGUCUCUGAAGACACUUCACAGUUUUUCUACACUUACAAGCCUGGUGGUCUCCGAUCAGCAAUCCGCGUGGCACGUGUUGUGAAAGAGACUGUGGCUUUGAACCAUUCUGGUGUUAGAUGGUAUGUGUUUGGGGAUGAUGACACCAUUUUCUUCCCUCAGAAUUUGGUCAAAACUCUUUCCAAAUAUGAUCAUAGGCUUUGGUACUACGUUGGGUCGUACUCAGAGAUUUAUGAGGGCUCCCAGGUUUUUGGUUUUGGAAUGGCUUUUGGUGGAGGUGGUUUUGCCAUCAGUUCCUCUCUAGCACAAGUCCUAGCCAAGGUUUUUGAUUCAUGCAUACAAAGGUAUUCUCAUCUAUAUGGAAGUGAUGCCAGGGUGUACUCUUGCAUAACAGAACUAGGUGUGGGAUUAACACAUGAACCAGGUUUUCAUCAGGUUGAUUUGAGGGGAGAUAUAUUUGGCCUAUUGGCAGCACAUCCAUUAACUCCCUUGGUGUCCCUACAUCACCCAGAUCACACUGAUCCUAUCUUUCCUAACAUGACAACUACAAAAUCUCUGCAACAUUUAUUUGAAGCCGUUAAUGUUGAUUCCGAGAGGAUCCUACAACAAACAGUUUGUUAUGAAAGGAGGUUUUCAUGGACAAUUUCAGUGUCAUGGGGCUAUGGUGUUCAAGUGUUCCAGAACAACAUGCUUUUGCCAGAUGUUCUAAGAGUGGAAAAAACAUUCAAGCAAUGGAAGGAAGGAAAUGUUUUGGCAGGAAUAUAUACUUUCAAUACAAGAGAACUUCACCCAGACCAAUGUAAAAGACCCACCAUUUUCUAUCUUGAUAAAGUGUCUUCUAGCAAAGAUGGCAUCAUAAGCAGUUACAGGAAAUAUUCUCAAAAUUGCUCAUACAAGGAACCAAUGAAGAAAUUGGAGGUGAUCAAAGUGUUUACAAAUAAGUUAUACCUUGACAAUAAACAGUUGCAGAUUCCAAGAAGGCACUGUUGUGAUGUGUUGCCCUCUAACGCUGGUGACUCAAUGGAAAUUGCAAUCAGAGAAUGCAAAUAUGAAGAAAUGAUUUACAUGCACUAGAACAUAUACUUUAAAUCUCUUUCACCUUGCUCAAGCAGCAGGUAUCCUUGAUGAGUGUUGCUACUUAGGUAGUGUAUAUAGAAAGCAAGAGAUUGUGUAAGAAAAUUCCCAAUAUAAAUUUGAACUUUCAUAUAUCUAAGAUAGCAAUUUACAGAAGCAUAAAAGAAUGCUUCUAUCGGGUUUCCUCUUGUGUAUUCCAAAACUAUUUAUAAUUAAUUAAAAAUCUUUUUUCAAUUUCUCAA